UAUAUAUAUUUUUUUUUUUCCUUUUAAUUGAACCACCCUACUCCUAUCCCUGCUAACUCUGACAGCCAAUUCCACUAUUAAACAACCGCCGAUCUGAUCAGUGACCCGAGUAGCAGCAAAUGGACUCUAGUGAAGAAAAGCGAACCCGAAUUCCAUUCAAGGAAAGGCCCGAUUGGGCCGAUGUAAAGCCCGUUCCGCAAGACGACGGGCCCUGCCCGGUUGUUCCCAUAGCCUACACGGAAGACUUCUCGGAAACAAUGGACUAUUUCAGGGCAAUUUACUUAGCCAAUGAGCGGUCUCCACGUGCCCUUCAGCUUACUGCUGAAGCUAUUCAGUUAAACCCUGGAAAUUACACUGUAUGGCAAUUCAGGCGAGUUGUGCUGGAGGCAUUGGGUGUUGAUUUACUUGAAGAAUUGAAGUUUGUUGAUCGCAUUGCUGGAGAGAACACAAAAAAUUAUCAAAUAUGGCAUCAUAGACGGUGGCUUGCUGAGAAGCUGGGAGCUGAUGCUGUGACAAAUGAGCUAGAAUUCACCAAGAAAAUAUUCUCUCAGGAUGCAAAGAAUUAUCAUGCUUGGUCCCAUCGACAGUGGGUCCUUCAAGCUCUCGGCGGAUGGGAAGAUGAGCUUGCCUAUUGCCAACAACUCCUUGAAGAUGAUAUUUACAACAAUUCUGCUUGGAAUCAGAGAUACUUUGUCGUGACACGAUCACCUCUACUAGGGGGCCUAGCGGCAAUGAGGGAAUCGGAAGUGAAUUACACAGUUCAAGCCAUCAGAGCUAGUCCAGAGAAUGAAAGUCCUUGGAGGUAUCUUCGUGGUCUUCACAAGAAUGAUACACAAUCUCUAGUUGAGGAUUCUCAAGUAGCAUCAGUAAUUUUGGAAGUCUUAACCUCCAACAAUAGUCACGUGCAUGCUCUGAGCUUGUUGUUGGAUCUUCUGUGUCAUGGUUUUGAACCAAGCCAAGAAUUGAAAAGUGCAGUAGAUGUUCUUACUCCACAGUCAUGCUCACCAGAUUUAGCAUUAACGAAGAGAGUUUGUUCCAUCUUGGAACUUGCUGAUCCAAUGAGAGUAAAAUAUUGGAAUUGGCGCAAAAGCACUGUUCCUGUUCAGUCAGCUACAUGUCAGAAUGCAGAUAGGUUGGCUGAUUUAUGUGCAAGAAUGAGUGACUUGUAAGAAUAUUGCAAUGGUGUUGUUCGAAUAUACAUAUUGCAAUUAUCGAAAUUCAUUGAAGGUGUCCCUUAAUUCAGGCACAUAUGCUGGGAAAUAACUUCAUGACACGAAGAACUGGAAAAACUGUGCCCCGAAAAUUUCUUAUUGCCUGAUAUUUGUCAACUUCAGGCAAUGACUUUUUGUACUGCCUUUAGGUUUGGGCCCUGAUGUAUUUUGUAAGUUUGGAUGCAGGGAUAUUGAUACUAUGGCGAGUUAAAUAUAUAUUCUGGAGGAA